CUGGUGUCACUGCCCAUUGGAACUUCCAGAGGAAAGAGCUAGUCAGUGGCAAAAGAGUGAGGAGAGCACGUUUGUCAGACGGUGCCCAACAAACUGGCAUGUUUUUUGAUUCAGCUCGUUAUUUUUGUCUUUUCACAGCUACCUGAAGUUUCUGGCAGUAAAGGCAUCAUGGCAGACCUGGGCUGCAAAAAACCCAGCGACUGCACCGUCUCCAGACUGCUCAGUGUAGUGGAGAGCGAACUCCGGGCUGGGAGAGACAAAGGUGACCCCACUGAGAAACAGCUCCAGGUUGUCUUAGAGGAUGCAACGCUCUGGCAGAGAUUCAGAGAAGUCACUAAUGAGAUGAUCGUGACCAAGAACGGCAGGCGGAUGUUCCCUGUUUUGAAGAUCAGCGUGUCUGGCUUAGACCCAAAUGCCAUGUAUUCCUUCCUGCUGGACUUUGCCCCCACUGAUGGCCACCGCUGGAAGUACGUAAAUGGAGAAUGGGUGCCGGCUGGGAAGCCAGAGCCACCAAACCACAGCUGUGUCUACAUCCACCCAGACUCUCCCAACUUUGGGGCCCAUUGGAUGAAAGCUGCUAUUUCCUUCAGCAAAGUCAAACUUACCAACAAGCUCAAUGGGAGUGGGCAGAUAAUGUUGAACUCCCUGCAUAAGUAUGAGCCUCAGGUGCACAUAGUUCGAGUAGGAGGCCCCCACCGGAUGGUGAUGAACUGUUCCUUCCCUGAGACACAGUUCAUAGCUGUGACGGCCUACCAAAAUGAAGAGAUAACAGCUCUCAAAAUCAAGUAUAAUCCCUUUGCCAAAGCCUUCCUGGAUGCGAAAGAAAGAAACCAUCUCAAGGAUGCUCCAGAAACAGUCUCUGAAGGUCAACAUAUGACAUAUUCUCACUCUCCACACCCUCCCCAUGGCUACGAGCGAUAUUCAGCACUGCGAGGGCAUCGAGCUGCUCCAUACCCACCUUCCUACAUGCAGAGAAAUCAUUCCCCUACAGUUAAUUUGUUGGAGAGCUCCAGCAAUAAUCUCCAGGUAUUCUCAGGACAUGACAGCUGGACUUUGCCAUCCUCUCCACACGCUAAUUUGCUCUCAGCGCCACACACAAAGGGAGCUGCCAGCCCUGGACCCAGCCACUACCCUUGCCUGUGGACAGUGAGCAACAGUGCUGUAAACACUGCCAACCCAGGAAGUGAGGUGAACAGCAGGCCUUCAACCAUGUUUAUAAGGGGUAAUGUCCCCUUACCCACUGCAUCACCAGUCCAAAUCCCUCUGCAAGGAGUGGUAUCCAGCAGCAUGGAAAUGCAAGGGGAAACUGCUCUAGCCAGGUUGGCUGACUCUGCGUGGACAUCCUCACACUCCUUUUAAUGGACUAGCAGCUCAUGAGGGAACCUCAGCCAAACCAGACUGACGCAAAUGGCAAGCGACCUCUUAGAAUUGCAGCUCUGAGUAGGGAUAUGUAUGCAGAAAACCGACUUCAUCAAACAUCACAUUCCAUAAUGUAUCUCUUGUGUGACAACGAAGCCAAAAUGCAUAACGCAAAGACAGGAAAUGUUAUGGGAACCAGCUUAUUACUGUAACCUUUAUGCAUCAUUCAGAAAGAAUCUUUAUAGUCAGUUUAGCUUCUGUAUCACAUAAAAAAUGGUCAGACAUGGGACUGAGUGAAGCAGAUAUGGCAGCUGAAUGUUUGCUUGUUAUUUUAAAAGUCCUUUCUGUAACUAACGGCAGAGUACUGGGGAAAUUGUGAGCAACCGGUAACUGGAAGGGACAGCGCUGCUUUAAAGACUUUCCGAAUCUGUCGCAUGGAGGUUUUCACAGUACCUGAAACUAAACCCUUCAGGGGAUGAAAUUAGCCUGACACGCUCAUGCCAUCUGCAUACAGUAUUCUCUGCCUCCUUCCCUCCUUCAGCUUCUGUUUGCUACUUGUGUGCUAUAGGGAUAAUCAAUAUACUCAAGCUGAGAAGAUGGCUGCAUUGUAGCAGCAGGAUGAAGGGCAUCUAGUUUAGUAUUUAUAGUCUGAUGUAAUGGUCUUUGAAAUGAAAAGUUCCAAUGUUUUCUAUAUGUGCUAUUUUUGAAAGCGUGGAAGGAAAAGAAUUAUAGAAAAAGAGAUUCAGCUUGUAUUUCCACUUUGCUUCAGGUAUA